GUUACGAGCUGAAAAGUAAUUUUAAGCUUGCGAAAUCGUAUAAAAACCUAGAUCAAUCUUCCAGGUAUCCAUAUACUUAGUCUAAAUACUUCGUGCAAGUUAAUGUCAUGCAUUCGUCUCAUCUCAUAAAACUAAAUACACCAGCAAAACUCACAUCUACCAAGGCAUCUAUCAAGAUGCUCACUAAGAUCCUUACCCUCGCGACAGCUGCCGCAGCACGAUGGUUUCUUCACCCGCGGAUUAUAUCUGGGAUAUUCUUAAGUGGCAAGCAGGAGAAUCUCACAGAGCCCCGACUGCACCGACAACAGGAUGGUACGGUAAGUAAUACCUAAACCAACUCAACCUAAACCUAAACUUCCAUUACCUUAGGUAGCCUCGGGCCCCUUAAUCUCUUCUCCUCGCGAGACGUCUUGCAGGUUUCAAAUUUCAAUUCAUAUGUUGAAAUGUCAAUCCGCCUACCUGUCUACCUAGACUUCAACGUAUCCGCGCCCGAAUACGGGGACGACCAGGCGCGCGUCCCGGCGUUCUUCGCGCACUGUGCCGGGUUUGCGAACGGGAAUCCCCUGGGCUCGGAGUACUCGAACUGCGACCUGGAAAUGGGGGACGAGGCUGCCGGGGCUGCCGUGCUGGCGCGUGUCCUUCCUGUCCCGGUUUAUAGCCAGGUUCACAUUGCCGUUAGCUACCUGUUCAAUGCUGAGGGGUAUGUUAAGUUCCCUACAUUGUUGAUGGUGCUGCGUCGUAUAGGUUGGGUAUCUAUGUAUAUAUAAAUG